AUGCAUGCAUUAUCGUCCAGACGAAAAAGCCAAUGGAUAAAUAAUUCAAACAGUUUAUUGGACCCAACAGGCAGCAACUGCCUUCAUUGUUUGAGAGCCUUUAGGGAUGUACCUAACGGCAUACGUGUACCUUCACCUGUUCCUUUGGUAACAAAUACUGUUAAUAUAAACAAUAUAAAAAUUAAUACUCACCAUAAUGAUCAUACUACUUCUAGUAAUAUUGAAUCAAAUAUAGAAGAUAUAAGUAGUUUAAGCUCAUUUGAUGACCAAUCCAUUUCAGUAGUUGAAGAAAGUGAAGAUAUUGAGUUGACAAUUGCUAUGUGGGCCAUUUGGAAUUCUAUAUGUCAUUCAGUCUUGAAUGAUUUAUUAACUUCUUUAUCAAAACACACUGAAUUUAAAUAUUUACCUAAAGAUUCUCGUACAUUGUUACAUACUCCUUCCUCUACUGUAUUGAAAAAUAUUGAUGGUGGCGUUUACUAUCAUUUUAGUAUUGUUAGUGAAAUAGAAUAUUUAUGCAAAGUAUAUACACAUUUACCUUCUACUUUAUUGUUAAUGGUUGGAAUCGAUGGAUUACCAGUUACUAAAAAUCCACCAAGUCAACUGUGGCUGAUUUUAGGCUAUUUUUCAAAUAUUCCUGAUGAAAAACAGAAAGUUUUCAUCAUAGGAGCUUUUUACGGUAAAUCUAAACCUGGUAAUUGCAAUGAUUACAUGCAGGAUUUUGUUGAUGAGUUGUGUUUGUUAAUAAAUGAAGGUGUUACCAUAAAUAACAUAACAAUUAAAGUAUUGUUAAAUGCUAUAAUUUGUAAUGCACCAGCAAAAUCUUUCAUUUUAAAUAUUCGUGGACAUACUGCAAAAAAAUCUUGUCUAAGGUAUCAUACUAUCGGUCAAUAUGAAAAUAACCGUGUAUAUUUUCCAGAUUUAACUUUUUCUUUAAGAACCCAUGAUGAUUUUGUGGCAUACACGGACUCCGAGUUUCAUUAUGAUGAAACUGUUCUGUCCAAAUUACCUAAUAUACUGCAUUUGUCUGAUGAUGUCAACAAAUUUGGACCAUUAAACUCAUUUUCUGCUUUCCCAUUUGAAAGUUACAUGCAACCUCUUAAAAAAAAAAUUAAAAGUGGUGUUAAGCCAUUACAACAACUUGUACGACGCUAUGCUGAGGAAAAAGUACUUUGGCAUAAUCAAAAAUUGAAGCCUGAAAAGUCUUGGUAUGUUGUAAUUUUUACUAUAUCCAAUGAAAUUCAACAUGUCCCUAAUACAUGGCUUCAAAGUGAAAAUUUUUGUUGGUUUCCUAAUUUAAAAAAAGAUGGAAAGGAAAUAUUCUUUACUAUACCACAAGUUUCCACCAUUAUAAAAAAACGUACAGAAAUAAAUUAUGUAGAUGGCACAAAUUAUGACAUAAAGAUUGUAGCAGGGCCAUUUGAGAAAGUUAAGCAAAAAGUGGCAAAAGCUUGGUCAGAACGAGACUCUUCUGAGAGUUGUUUUGAAAACGAAUCGCCAGUAUAGCCAGUAACUAAAAAACGAAAAGAAACUGCAAAAUGUUUACGCAAACUUGAAAACGAUUUUUUGAAGUUGCCUGUACUACCAACAUUGCCAUUAUCUGCAAAAGGAACUACUGCGGUUGGGAGUCCUCUAAUGUCAUCUGAUUUAAUUUCAGUGUCACAUGAUGGCUCAAGUCCUAUCUCUGAAAGUAAUUGCCCUAUAAGUAAUUUUUCAUACCAUGAAAGUGCUGUAUCAUAUAGUAGUCUAAUUUCAAGCAGCAUACUCGUCGAAAAUUUAAAUAACACAAAAACAUCAAGUAGUACUAAAUUGGGAUCUCUUCUAUCUGAAACAAUCACUCAUGAAUCAUAUUCUAAGUCUGAAAGUACUCCUAGAAUAAUGAUUAAAAAGAAACAAGAAAGUGCUGUAUCACAUAGUAAUCUGACUUCAAGUAGCACACCCAUCGACAAUUUAAAAAAAACAACAACAUCAAAUACUGAGUUGGAACUUCUUCUGUCUGAUAGAAUCAAUGAAUCAAAUCCUAACUCUGGAGGUACCUCUAAUGUGAUUCAUAAUGGUCCUAGUGGUCCUAAUACAGAUAUUAGUCCACUUUUUGAAGCGAAAUCAAAUGCGGUGUAUGACAUGACCAACAUGUCCGAAGAUUGUUUGAAGACAAGUACUACAGAAGAUGAUGUUGGUAAUCUUUUGACUGGUUCAUUGAUGUUGCUAGAUGGUUCAACAAGUUUUCAAGAAAUUAAUUAUACAGAUAGUAAUGUGUAUGAUAAUUUUGAUUCUACUCUUAUUAAUAACGAAAAAACAAACAAUACAAAUACUACUGAUUCCGGUUUGAUGGAUUUGUCAAAUUUCAUUAGCAAAAAUGAAAACUGCUGUUGCCAAAACCUUUUACAAAUCAAAUCAAUAUUAGCUACUAAUGAAAAAACAUCUAAAGCAGUUCAUAAACAAAUUAUGAUACAGUUACAUAUGUUAAACAACUCUAACGUUAAGAUAGUUAAUGUUAUGAAAAACAUGGACCAAAAGCUUCAAGUCAUAAUGAAAGGAGAUUCUAGGAUGAGGCCAUUAGCUCUGCCUAUACCUGUAUUACCAACAGCCUUGAUAACUUUAUUACCUGCAAAAUGUAUUGAAGUCCAUAUUGAGUCCAUUCUAUCGGUUGAUAUUGAUGGCUUAAAUAACCAGGAAGAAUUGAAAUCUUACCUUUAUAUGAAGAUUGGAAGUAUGGAUUCUAUAAGCUCAGCUGCACGAGCAGCAAUAAAUGAAUGUUUUAAGUAUAAUGUAUUGGCUUUCUUCAGCUUUAGAGGAAAAACUAAGCGAAGUUUUUUAAAAUUAAAAUUGUGUACUGUUAUUUAUGAAUCUCUGUCUAGUUUCCGUACUCAUUCCAAAGAUGAAGAAAAAUUCAACCGAACCGUAGAUAACUACAUAAAACAUUCCAAACAAAAAAAUGAAGAUCAAAAUAAUGAAUAA